AUGCCUGCAAACACGGAGAAAGAUGCUGCCACCAUUGAAUAUGCAAAGACUUUGGCACACACCCCGUGGUGCGAUGACUACGAGAAAAUGAUCUCGGGAGUCCUAUACGAUGCGCAAGUGCCCGAACUGGUGGAUGGCCGCUUCCGUGCACGAAAGUUUAUGCACAAAUACAACCACCAUUUCCCAGACGAUGCCACCCCAGAGUCGCUCACCGCAGACCGGGAAAAGCUGCUCAAGGAGCACUUUGGCAAGGUCGGCAAAGGUGUCUUCAUCGAGCCCCCGUUGAACGUCGACUACGGCUGCAACAUCUCCCUGGGGGAUAACUUCUACUCCAAUUUCAACCUCGUAGUCCUUGACUGCGGCAUGGUGCGCAUCGGACACAGAGUCAUGUUCGGGCCGUUCGUGUCCAUCUUUGCGGCCACGCACGAGACGGGCGUGCAGUCGCGGCGGGACGGCGUCGAGUACGCGGGUCAGGUGACCAUCGGCGACGACUGCUGGAUCGGCGGCAACGUGACGAUAAUGCCAGGUGUCACCAUCGGCAAGGGUUGUACUGUUGGCUCUGGCAGUAUCGUCACCAAGGACAUCCCAGAAUUCUCGGUCGCUAUUGGGAACCCGGCCCGGGUGGUGAAGAAGGUCGACCCAGUGCCGGAUAUCAGAUCGACUCAGGGUGAGCCUGUGAAAACGAUUCCAGAGCCAUAUUAG